AACAAUUUAAAAAAAAAAAAAAAAAAAAAACCAUUUCUUACCCCAGAGCUUUUUUGUAGAGUGUUCUACAAGAUCAUAUCUUGUCAUCCCGUUUUUACCUUGGAACAAUGGCUGACAGAGGUAUACUGCUGAUGCUCAUCCUCGCUUUAUCUUGCUAUUCUUUCAGCAGUCCUAGCUACUCAGAAACCGAUACCUUACAACAAGGUCAAAUUCUCAAGGAUUGGGAUGAACUGAUCUCACCAAACACGUUCUUCUUUUUGAAGUUCUUUAGCUUUGGCACCAGCAUAAGCCCUUAUUUAGGGAUAUUCUACGAUCCCUCCUUAAGAAGAGAAAUUCGAAAUGUUUAUUCGAAUGUGUAUGACACAGAUAAGCCAGUUUGGGUAGCAAACAGAAACAAUCCAAUCACAGAUAUAUACGGUAAGCUCAUGAUAGACGUACAUGGAAAACUUAGCAUCUUAUCCGGCGGAGGCACCGUGGUUGAUCUUUUCAGUCCUACUACUCCAGGAAGACGCAACGCAAGUGCUACACUGUUGGAUAAUGGAAAUUUCAUACUGCAAGAACUGUAUCCAGAUGGGUCUGUUAAACGAAUUUUAUGGCAAAGUUUUGAUUACCCAACAGAUACCCUUCUUCCUGGGAUGAAACUAGGGAUUGAUCACAAGACUGGGCAUAGAUGGUCGCUCACUUCAUGGCGAAGAAAAAACCUACCAGCCGAUGGUUCUUUUACAUUAACCGGAGACUCCAAUGGCACCGGUCAAAUGGUCAUCGUCAGGCGAGGGAACAUCCACUGGAGGAGUGGAUCUUGGAAGAACGGCGGAUUCAUAAACACCGGUUUACAAUAUACCGGUCCGGAUGUACGCACUUACUAUGUAUCUAACGAGACAGAGCUAUCCUUCGCAUAUUUAGCAAAAACGUAUCAUUCAGCGCCAGCUCUGACGAUGCUUUUAGACGGUCGACUUAAGGGUUCGACUCUUAACUUAGAUGUCAAAUGCCGCUCAAUCAGUGACAUUGGUUGUGCUGAAUAUGAGUUUGAGGAGUUAAGUUGCAGGAAAGAGUAUUUCGUUGACAAGAGAUAUGGAAGCAUAUAUGGGGAUCAUAAGUAUGAAUAUGAUGAAAGCCAUAACUUGAGUUUAUAUGAUUGCCAAAGAAUAUGCUGGAACAAAUGUUCUUGCAUGGCCUUUACUUACGCAACCACAGACAGGGCAGGGUGCACGACUUAUGGUCCAAAGAUAUACAACCCACAAGAAACUGAAACUUACCGAUACCCAUCCCGUCAAAGGAUAUACAAUCUACCAGAAGCUGAAAACCAAUAUUAUAUCAUUGUGUAUAAUUAUCAUGGACGUGUUAAAAAGGAGUUGAUUUUAAUCAUCGGGAUUGGAUCUUUAGCUUCACUCGUAUCAUGUUAUUUCUUAUACAAGAAGCUUCGUAUUAAAGUGGAAGCCAAGAAAGUCCAAAAGCUGCUGACGAGUCAACUGAGGCGCUUCUACAAUUAUAUACGAACAGAUAAGAAGAUGAACACUGAGCUGCACCACUUCACCUUUCAAAGCAUCUCUUCAGCCACAAACAAUUUCUCAAGUACUAACAAGCUAGGAGAGGGUGGUUUUGGAGCAGUUUAUAAGGGAAAAUUAGUUGAUGGGCAAGAGGUUGCAGUAAAACGACUUUCAAGAAACUCUGAACAAGGAGUCAAGGAGUUCAAGAAUGAAACCGAACUCAUUGCCAAACUUCAACACACUAACCUUGUCAGGCUUAUAGGAUGUUGCAUUGAGAAGAAAGAGAAAAUCCUUGUAUAUGAAUACAUGCCUAAUCAUAGCUUGGACUUCUUUCUAUUUGGUUCUAGGAAGAAAGGACCACUGGAUUGGAAUAACCGCUUUGUAAUUAUUGAUGGCAUUGCUCAAGGACUCCUAUAUCUCCAUAGGUUUUCAAGGCUAAGGGUAAUCCAUAGAGAUUUGAAAGCUAGUAACAUCUUGCUAGAUGACUACCUUAAGCCAAAAAUAUCAGAUUUUGGUAUGGCUAAGUUAUUUGGGAUUAAUGAAUCUGAAGCAAAUACAAGCCGAGUUGUUGGAACACGUGGUUAUAUGCCACCAGAAUAUAUGUUAGAAGGCUCAGUUUCAACAAAGACAGAUGUCUUUGGUUUUGGUGUUUUGUUGCUUGAAAUUGUAAGCAGCAAGAUGAAUCAUGGGAGCUAUGAUACUGAACACCCACUCAACCUUCUUGGACAUGCAUGGGAACUGUGGAAUGAAGGCAGAGGUUUGGAGUUGAUGGAUCCUUUACUGGAAGAUUCAUGCGCUCCCAAGGAAGUAAUGACAUGCAUCCAUGUAGGUCUCUUGUGUGUUCAAGAUCAUGCAAUGGACAGACCAACCAUGUCUGAAGUUAUUUCCAUGCUCACAAAUGAAAAUAUGCAUCUACCUGAGCCAAAACGACCAGCGUUCUUCAUUGAGAGACACGCGGUGGAUUCGGCAAUAGAUGAUAAUUUGAGAAAUGGCUCUAUAAAUGGGCAAUCAGUUUCAAUUUUAGUGGCGAGAUAGAAAGCAGAAGAAACAUGUGUAAUACCAUUAUUUAUUAUGUCUUUUGUAUUACUAUAUAAUAGUCAUAUUCUGUGUUGUGUUGUAGGGCCAACAAGGGCAGAGCCGGGGUUUAAGAACAUGCCGGUCUUACAUUGUAAUAACAUACUAAAAAAUAAGAGAAAUUAAAUAUCCUCCUAUCUUUUGAACCUAUCAAUCC